AUGUCUAGUAGUGCUUUAAACCGGGUUCUAGAAGGAGCGUGGACACAAGAACCGCAGGAGGAAGGUCAUUCCACGCAGCUACUACCCGAAAUGAGAGAAAAAUUGUCUAAUGAAUGCGUGUGCCCUCAGCUUGAAGAUCUUCUAACCAUGUCCCCGCCGGGUGUUUGCUGGGUCGAUCUUCUAAGUCCCCGCCGGGUGUUUGCUGGGUCAACAGUAAAAAACCUGUUUGCCAAGCUUUGUUCAAACAGGGCACAAUAUGGCAUUAUAACAUUAUUCCUCGAACUACUCUACAUUCAUGAUAUUUUUGCCGGGGAUCCAGGAGGCAUCAAAUCGGCUCAAAAGGCAUUCUCCAUUUUGCGGAAGAUUCGACGCACCAUCUCCCGUAUUACUCGCAUGGACUUCCAGAUACUGUAUGAGGCCUACGUCAGACCGCUCCUGGAAUACGCCAACCAAGUUUUCUACUCAGGACGCGCGAAAGACGUCACCCUAAUUGAGCGUUUCCAGCGAGCCGCCACGAGAAUGGUUGCCGGCAUCAAAUCCGUGGACUACAAAAUGCGUCUCGCGAAUCUUAAUCUCCUUCCACUGAAGUACCGUUGCCUCCGAGGGGACCUCAUUCUUGUUUAUGCCCUGUUCAAACAUAUCUUGGCAAACAGGUUUUUCACGGUCGACCAAGCAUACACACGACGGUGGUAUAGUAGGAAGAUUUUCAAGCUCAGAGCACACACAUCAAACAAAACUUUUCUCUCAUUUCGGGUACUGCGUGAAAUGACCUUCUUCCGACGGUUGUCCACGCUCCUUCUAGAACCCGGUUUAAAGCACUACUAG